AACCCAUUCACCUGUCACUUUCGAACGUUCGUGGGUAUGACCCCCGUUGUCUAAAGUAGUUUCUCGUUUACUCGGUAUUUACACUAUGUCCUAACUGAUUCCGAUAGACAGACACAAACCAGACAUAGAAAAAAAUUGUGGCGAGUUCAAUUUGUUAGUGGUGUAAUAAUGUGUGGUGGAUGACGAUAGGAAAUAAGUCAGCAUGAGGUUUAAAACAGAAUUCAAAGCGAUUAUAUGGUUUUCUAACUUGGUGAUAUUAUGUCAAUCCGUCUGUUCACCAUUAUAUGGCGCGGAACCUUGUAAGUUUCUACCUGCUCCUCCAGGGAAAACACCUCAAUGUGCCAGACCGGGAUUGACGUACUGUGAAUAUCCCGACCAUUAUCCUGGAGAAUUGAUUAAUUACCUUGUGAAAAAAUGGCGAUAUGAUCAUUCAACUCUAUUUACGUCAGAAAGUCAAGAAGAUUUUUCAUCAUAUUUCUACCCAACUGUGAGUCCCGUUUACGGCCCGCCCAAUUACCAACCUCCAAACAUCGGACAUAAUCCAGGAGGAUAUCCAGAACCUAUCCACAUACCAAAGCCGCAAGUUCCUUUUCAGGAUAACGGAGUUAGUUACAAUAUUCAACCAAACGUGUACGUCAAUCAAAAUUUUACCGGAUAUCAGGAUUAUAAUGAGGGAUACAAAUAUAAUACCCCGAACAAACCUACUUAUUACCAACCGUACCAGCAAGCACUAGAACCGUCCCAAUAUGGACAAUACAAUAACUUAUGGAAAAGAGCUUUGCAGCAAAACCAUCGGAGGUUUAAAAGGUCAUUAAAGAUGAUAAGAAUGCCAGUAAUAGAACGUUAUUCUAACAAAACGAGUACUAAUUUCCACCGUAAAAAAAGACAAAGUUUACCUGGUCGACAGCAGACGUUGUGCCAGGUGCGGACUCAAUAUAUAACACCCAGAGCGGCUCUCAAUAAUAAAGGAAACUGGAUGUAUGUUGUCAAUAUGGCCGAAGUCGAUAAUAGGGUAACACAACUAGUCAAAAGUGAAACUUGUGUUUCCCAAACAUGUGAUGGUAUUUGCAGUUUACCAGAUGGAUAUACUUCCAGAUGUGAACAAAAAUAUGUUCAGAAGAGAUUAGUGGCGCUCGAAGGCGCCGGAAAUCAACUAUAUACAGAUAUUUUUUGGUUUCCCAGUUGUUGUGUUUGUACAAUUUCUAAUACUUGAAUCGGAACAAUAAAUUAAUCUAAUGGUGUCAAAGUUAGUUAGAAAUAUGUUUGUAAUUAAGUUGUAUUUAAAUUAUUAAAUAAAAAUUUAGUUUCUUUA